AUGGCCUCUCCCCGCGCAGGUAAUGCCCCUCCAGGCGUGGACCCGGAGGCCUUCUCCUGGUUCCAGGCGGUUGAUGCCGAUCACAGCGGGUACAUCUCCGUGAAGGAGCUGAAGCAGGCGCUGGUCAACUCCAACUGGUCGACGUUCAACGACGAGACCUGCCUGCUGAUGAUAAACAUGUUUGAUAAGACCAGGUCAGGACGCAUAGAUGUGUACGGCUUCGCAGCCUUGCUGCGCUUCAUCCAGCAGUGGAAGAACCUCUUCCAACAGUAUGACAGGGAUCAGUCAGGCUCCAUCAGCUUCAACGAGCUCCAGCAAGCUUUCUCCCAGAUGGGCUAUAACCUGAGCCCCCAGUUUAGCCAGCUCCUGCUGGCUCGCUACGCCCAGCGAUCCUCCAACCCCAGCAUCCAGCUCGACCGCUUCAUUCAGAUCUGCAUGCAGCUCCAGAGCACGACCGAUGCCUUCCGCGAGAAGGACACGGGGCUGGUGGGCAACGUGCGGCUGAGCUACGAGGACUUCCUCACGAUGGUCGUGACUCGCAUGAUGUGA